GUCUCCAUAGAAGCCGCUUUAACUUUGGCGGUGAUUAGUGAAAGAAGUUUCUCCAAAAUGCGCACAUUUAUUUGCCUCGCCCUGGCGGCCCUCGUCCUUGCCCUGGUCGCCAGCACCAACGCGGCCACUACGCUGCUCGAUGUGGAUGCAGGUGUCUCAGAGCCUGUCUCUGUGCGUCAGGCCCGUCAAUUCGGAGGAUUUGGAGGACAAGGCGGGGGCUUCGGAGGAAGACCAGGAGGAGGUUUUGGCGGCGGUGGUUUCGGCGGUCGACCAGGAGGCGGCUUUGGCGGCGGUGGUUUCGGCGGGCCCGGUGGCGGCUUUGGCGGAGGACCUGGAGGUGGCUUCGGCGGCGGUGGUUUCGGCGGGCCCGGUGGCGGCUUUGGCGGAGGACCAGGAGGUGGCUUUGGCUAUGGUCGCUAAAUACAAACACCCCACCAGCAUCACAAUCCGUGACGUGACUGACUAGUGUUAUAGCCUACAAAUAGAAUAGAAUGUGAAAUCAUAGUGCAAUCGAGCACGUUUUAAUUGAGUUCGAAAUACAUCUGCCUGCUCUUUGGCUCACUUAA